GGAAAAGUGGUGAAUUAUUUCAUCCCAUCACAUUGUUUUGGAGGAAAAGUAAAAGACACAGAAACUCAGAUUAUGGAAUUCGAACCAAAAGAAAAAAUUCAGUGCCCCCCUACACGUGUGAUGAUCCUGACAGCUGUGAAAGAAAUGAAUGGAAAAAAAGGCGUUUCUAUCCUUUCCAUCUACAAGUAUGUCAGUUCUAUAUAUAGAUAUGAUGUUCAGCGAAACAGGAGUCUUCUGAAACGGAUGCUGAAAUGUUUAAUUUUUGAAGGUCUUGUGAAACAAAUCAAAGGCCAUGGUUUCUCUGGGACUUUUACAUUGGGGAAGAAUUAUAAGGAAGAAGAUAUAUGUGAUAAAACAAAAAAACAGGCAGUAGGAAGCCCAAGGAAAGUUCAGAAAGAAUCCAGAAAAACAGGGAACAAGGACACAGACUCUGAAUAUUUACCAUCAGACACUUCCGAUGAUGAUGAUCCUUAUUAUUACUACUGUAAGGCCAGAAAAAAUCGUAGUAAACUGAGGAAAAAGCCUGUUUUUCUCACAAAAAAAGGAAAAAGUCAGCCUACCAUCAAUCCUGAUUCACAAGGUUACUGUCCAGCUACUAGAGAUUCUGCAGUUACUGAUGUUUCUGUGUGCAGAAGUACAUGUGCCUCUGAAGUCAAGCAAGAUCAGGAAGCAAAGGACCAUGCUAACUCUCUAAGUGCUGCUGGUCAUGAGGUGCCCCAUCAUAACACCAUGAGUCCCUAUGAUACCGCUGACUAUCGCUUUGAGUGCAUAUGUGGUGAAUUUGACCAGAUAGACCGCAAGCCUCGUGUUCAGUGCCUGAAAUGCCACCUCUGGCAACACGCAAAAUGUGUGAAUUAUGAAGAGAAGAACCUGAAGAUUAAGCCUUUUUACUGCCCCCACUGCCUCGUUGCAAUGGAGCCAGUAUCGACAAGAGCUACUCUGAUCAUCUCUCCAAGUUCCAUCUGUCAUCAGUGGGUGGAAGAGAUCAACCGGCAUGUGAGGUCUUCAUCUCUUCGAGUCUUGGUAUAUCAAGGAGUGAAGAAAGAUGGCUUCUUACAGCCUCAUUUCUUGGCAGAACAGGACAUAGUUAUCAUUACGUAUGAUGUCCUUCGUUCAGAACUAAACUAUGUUGAUAUCCCACAUAGCAAUAGUGAGGAUGGGCGUCGCCUGCGGAACCAGAAGCGAUAUAUGGCCAUUCCCAGCCCUCUAGUGGCUGUGGAGUGGUGGCGGAUCUGCCUUGAUGAAGCUCAGAUGGUUGAAUGUCCUGCAGUAAAAGCUGCAGAAAUGGCCCAGCGUUUGAGUGGAAUUAAUCGAUGGUGCAUCAGUGGCACUCCAGUACAGAGAGGAUUGGAGGAUCUCUUUGGGCUAGUCGUCUUUCUUGGUGUCGAACCUUACUGUGUCAGACACUGGUGGGUUCAACUUCUCUACCGCCCUUACUGCAAGAAGAAUCCUCAGAUCCUCUACAGCUUUAUUGCCAAGAUACUGUGGAGGUCUGCAAAGAAAGAUGUGAUUGACCAAAUCCAGAUACCACCUCAGACUGAAGAGAUACACUGGCUCCACUUUUCUCCAGUGGAAAGACAUUUCUAUCACCGUCAGCACGAGGUGUGCUGCCAGGAUGCUGUGGUGAAGCUCAGGAAGAUUUCUGACUGGGCUCUGAAGCUCAGUAGCCUGGACAGAAGGACAGUCACCUCCAUCCUGUACCCAUUGCUGAGGCUCAGGCAGGCCUGCUGCCACCCACAGGCUGUUCGUGGGGAGUUCCUGCCACUACAGAAAAGCACCAUGACAAUGGAAGAGCUGCUGACAUCUCUGCAGAAGAAGUGUGGCACUGAAUGUGAAGAAGCUCACCGGCAACUGGUCUGUGCCCUUAAUGGCUUAGCAGGCAUCCAUAUCAUUAAAGGUGAAUAUUCCUUAGCAGCAGAGCUGUACAGAGAAGUACUGCGCUCAUCUGAGGAGCACAAAGGAAAACUCAAAACUGAUUCACUUCAAAGACUUCAUGCUACACAUAAUUUGAUGGAACUGUUGCUUGCCAAACACCCGGGGAUACCUCCUACCUUGCGAGAUGGCAGACUUGAGGAAGAGGCCAAGCAGCUGCGAGAGCACUAUAUGAGCAAGUGUAAUACAGAAGUUGCUGAAGCCCAGCAGGCUUUACAGCCUGUGCAGCAGACCAUAAGAGAGCUCCAAAGAAAGAUUCAUUCUAAUUCUCCCUGGUGGCUUAAUGUGAUCCACAGAGCAAUAGAAUUUUCUGUUGAUGAGGAACUUGUUCAGCGAGUACGGAAUGAGAUAACCAGCAACUACAAACAACAGACUGACAAGCUUUCUAUGUCAGAGAAAUUUCGUGACUGCAGAGGUCUUCAGUUCUUACUUACAACACAAACAGAAGAGCUAAGUAAAUUCCAGAAGCUGGUAAGAGAAGCUGUAAAAAACCUGGAAAAACCUCCAUCUCGUGAAGUAAUUGAGUCUGCAACAGUCUGCCACCUGCGACCUACCAGACUUCCUCUCAACUGUUGUGUUUUUUGUAAAGCUGAUGAAUUGUUCACAGAAUAUGAAUCGAAACUAUUUUCUAACACAGUCAAAGGUCAAACUGCAAUAUUUGAGGAGAUGAUAGAAGAUGAAGAAGGACUGGUGGAUGAUCGAGUACCUACCACCACUCGAGGUCUAUGGGCGAUAAGCGAGACAGAGCGCUCUAUGAAAGCAAUACUGUCAUUUGCAAGAUCACAUAGGUUUGAUGUUGAAUUCAUUGAUGAAGGAAGUACUUCAAUGGAUCUCUUUGAAGCAUGGAAGAAGGAAUAUAAGUUGCUUCAUGAAUAUUGGAUGACGCUGAGGAACCGUGUAUCUGCUGUUGAUGAACUUGCAAUGGCUACAGAACGACUAAGAGUGCGACAUCCUAGGGAGCCAAAGCCAAAUCCACCUGUUCAUCAUAUCAUUGAACCACAUGAGGUAGAACAAAAUCGUAUAAAGCUACUGAAUGAUAAAGCCGUUGCUGCAUCACAGCUUCAGAAAAAACUUGGACAGCUUCUUUACCUAACUAACUUGGAGAAGUCUCAAGACAAAACAUCAGGAGGUAUUAAUCCAGAACCUUGUCCAAUCUGUGCUCGACAGCUGGGAAAACAGUGGGCAGUGCUGACCUGUGGGCACUGCUUCUGUAAUGAGUGCACUUCAAUUAUUAUUGAACAAUACAGCGUCGGGUCUCACAGAAGCUCCAUCAAAUGUGCCAUCUGCCGCCAGACCACGUCACACAAAGAAAUCUCAUAUGUCUUCACCUCAGAGAAAGCAAGCCAGGAGGAGGACAUCCCUGUGAAGGGCAGCCAUUCUACAAAAGUGGAAGCUGUGGUCAGAACUCUGAUGAAAAUACAGCUUAGAGAUCCAGGGGCCAAAGCACUUGUUUUCUCAACGUGGCAGGAUGUAUUAGAUAUUAUUACAAAAGCCCUCACUGACAACAACAUGGAAUUUGCACAAAUUGGUCGUGUUAAGACAUUUCAGGAGAACCUCUCGGCAUUUAAACAUGACCCCCAAAUCAAUAUCUUGCUGCUGCCCCUGCACACCGGCUCUAACGGGUUAACUCUCAUUGAAGCAACUCACGUGCUCCUGGUGGAGCCCAUGCUGAACCCUGCUCAUGAGCUGCAGGCCAUUGGGAGGGUGCACCGAAUUGGACAGACAAAGCCUACUAUUGUACACAGAUUUUUAAUUAAAGCAACAAUAGAAGAGCGAAUGCAGACAAUGCUGAAAACUGCUGAGAGGAGCCACACAAACCCAUCAGGGAAACAUUCAGAGGCUUCCGUCCUGACUGUGGCUGAUCUGGCAGACCUGUUUACCAAAGAAACUGAAGAGCUUGAGUGAACUACUGUUGAAUCAUUCCGCAAACGUUAAUGUAUUAAUUAACUGUGAUGGCUGUACAGCAAAGUUGUAAAUUUAAAAUUCAGUAAGCACUGUUUCCAGUUGAGUGAAUUUAUUUCUUUUUUUGGUUAUACAUUGGCCUACUACUAUCAAUAUACUGUUUUCAAAAGAUCUAAAAUGAUUUUUAAUUUUACCCUCCUAAUUAAGCAUUUAUUUCUGUUCCAAAGAACAUCUAUAUCUGAUGAGGCAAGGGAAUUAAGAGAGGUAAUAAUUACUUUUGAUAAGAUCACUUGUGAAAAGAGUUGAAAUAAGAAAAAAUAAACCAGUUAUAUAUGACCUGACUUAUUCAACCAAUAUAGAUCUCAUUUUUGGAAGGGCCUUCGGUGUCAUUAGUUCAUGAUUCCCCAAUAUCUUGUAAUCGUUUAACUAAAUGAUAAACUAUAGAAACUCCUAGUUACUUGCAUAAGUUUAAAGUGUUGCACUACACACAGUAACUUUAUAGUAAUACAACCCCCAACCACAAGUUGAUAGGCAGUUCUUUCUUUUCCCUGCAUCUUGCUACAAAAAA